AUGAGUCACAUGAGGGUGUCUAGCUGUAUUGCUUAUGCACACAUCGAGGAGCGAGGAGCGCCGCGCAGCCCGCGCAGCCACCCUUGUCCGCCCGUUCAGCUUCCAUUGACCGCCCCGCCCACCGAGCCGAGGGAAUUGGGGGGGAUCCGCGUGAACCCGACUAACAUCUGCUCACCCAGUUCCCGUUCGAGUUCCAGCUCCUUCACGCUACAAGCACGCAUCCAGUUUGCAGCGGGCGACCACAACGUGGCAGCCUUGGUGGAUUCUGGAGCGGAAGGUAAUAUCAGUUUGGAAAGUCAGUGGGAGAUCAAGUACCUGCCCCUGAGCCCGUCAAUCCCCGCUCAUGCCAUUGACGAGCAGCGGCUCAUCUUGGGGCUUCCCUGGCGGCAGCUGCACAACCCGUUGCUGGACUGGGGGCUCCAUCCCACGUUCCACGUCUCUCGGGUGAGACCCGUGUUUGAGAGCCCCUUGGCGGCGGCGUCUGCUCCUCUGCCGCCCCGGCUCGUCGAGGGAGAGCCGGUUUACACCGUCCGCUCCUUGCUCCGGUCGCGGCGGCGCGGCCACAGGCUCCAGUACCUCGUCGAUUGGGAGGGGUACGAUGAGUCGCACCGCUCCUGGAUUCUUGCAGCCACCACAACUCUCAAUGAGUCCACUGUCCUAGAGGUACUGGACGUAGAUCUGGAGCAGCACCGGCGCUUGGCUCGCGAGGCUGAUGAGGAGGUUCAGCAAUCCACCUUCAGACUGUCUUAUGAAAAAGACUUAGUGACAUCGACCCAAGUCACCCAACUCAUGAACAUAACAGACACAGUGGAUGCCACUCAAAACCACCCCCCUGGACUCUUUAAUCCUUUCUACUCACUGAGGCACAGCUCCUACAUCACCUAUUCCAUUGUGCUGGAGGCUGGCUUGCUGCAAGUGGUCGGUGUGGUGGGCCACAUGGCAGUCAUGUGCAUUGUGUUUAAUAACUUCGACAUGAGGUCAGCCUGGAACUAUCUGCUGGCCAGCACUGCAUUUUGGGACUUCCUGUUGCUGCUGAUGUGCCUGCCUGUGGAACUCGUCAACUGGCUGUCAUACCGCCGCAUCCUGCCCAACAUUACCUGCCGAUUAGUGCCUUACAUGGAGGUUGUGUCUCUGGGUGUCACUUCCUUCACACUGUGCACUCUGGGAAUAAACCGUUUCCACGCCGCCACCAGCUCUUCACAAUCAAAGAUGCGGCGUGUGGAGCGUUGUCGCUCGGUGCUGAUCAAGCUGGCCAUGGUAUGGGUCGCCGCGGUGCUGCUGGCGAGUCCUGAGCUCUUUUUAUGGCAAGUUGCAAGGACCACCACCACCGCCACCACCACUGAUUCCUGCUCCAGCAGUGUCUCCUCACCUCCAUCCCUCCUCCUGCCGGACUCCCUACACUCGCUGCUACACAGGUAUCAUCAGGCCCGCUUGUGGUGGACUUUUGGCUGUUACUUCUGCCGGCCCGUGCUCUUCACCGUCCUCUGCCAAAUGGCGACCCGCAACAUGCACAGUGACUCCAGCUCUGCUCACAAACAGUGUAGCCAUGAUAACCCAUCUUCCAGUCAUAAGCGACAUGAUCACGAGGCGCUGGAACGGCAGCUCAACUGCACGUUGUUAGCAUUAGCACUAGUGUACACUAUCUGCGUGUAA